AUGAAACUUGAAAUAACUGUUCAUAAUGUGUCACAUUCAGAAAACAUCUUGAACAAUAACGAGUGUAUUGAAAUCCGUCCUCAUGAUGACGAGAAAAAUGGUGUCAGUCGCAAACAAUGGACUUCAAAGAUGUUUUAUGAAUCCACAGUUAAUAAUACGCAGGGGGUCAAAGCUCACCAUAGUGAUGAGUCAACAAUGGACCAUCCUGCUGGUGCAAAAUGGGUCUACGCUGAAAGGAUUUUCACACAACCUAAUGGCCUUCUCAUAAAUAAAAUUAAAGAUGCCAAGGAUCUAGCGAUUCGUCAAGCUGAAGCUUCAUUAGCUGCUAGAUCAGGUUUAGCAGCUGCGUUAAUUGCUACAAACUUCCAUGGAUGUUUAGGUAAUCAAGUUGGGACUUCUUCAAGAACUGUAGCCAAAGUCAACGCCAUUUGGGCUACUGGUGCAUCAUUACGUGAGGCUUCUCCAAAGAAAAAGACGGCCAUAUUCAACAAUAGGUCGUCUACAGGAAAAGCCACUGCUGUCUUUGGUUCUGUUUAUAGUGAAACGGUUUGGCUGAUUCCAGUUGCUGCUGUUAAUGAACGUCAUUGUUUCUUUGCCAUUGAUGAUGAUUUUUGA